CGCUAAUUGGUUGAUGAUAAGCAGGGAAAAAGAAAAAAGCCCCAUCUCCACUUCAGCCCAACAGGAAAAAAGGAUUUCUUAGUCUCACCCACAAAACGCGGGAAUGUGCUAUUAGCAGGGCCAAAGGCUCUAGAAUUAAAUUCUGAUCUGCUUAGAACUUUUCUCAGGUUUGUCUUCUGAUUCCCAGUCAACUAUUUCGAGGUAAUUUUCUUCUGGAAAGAUCCUUCACCCAGGUGAUGGGGCUGAUCGACUCCUGAAUCAGCUGCAUCUCUCCUCUGUCCCUGCCUGGAACCUGCCUGAGGUGGCCCUUACCUCUUCCACUGUGCUGUUCUGGGGUACGAUGCCGCCCAAAGGUCCCCGCAGAGGCAAGCUGCCAGUCCCGCUCCCUAAAGACAUGAUCCUGAAAGACACCGAAGGAAAAACCUGGAGGCUGGGCAGUCAGAUCGGCCAGGGAGGAUUUGGCCUGAUCUAUUUAGCAUCCCCUCAAACUCAGGUUCCUGUAGAAGAUGAUGCGGUACAUGUCAUUAAAGUGGAAUAUCUUGAAAAUGGCCCCUUGUUUUCUGAGCUGAAGUUUUACCAGAGGGCUGCAAAACAAGACCAUAUAAGAAAAUGGAUGAAUCUCAAAAAAAUAAGAUGUUUAGGAAUUCCAGUGUUUUGGGGAUCAGGCCUGGCUGAGUACAAGGGAAAAAGCUACAGGUUCAUGGUCAUGGAGAGACUGGGGCAAGACCUUCAAAGAAUCUUUGAAGAUUGUGGAAGCAGGUUUAAGAAGGAGGUUGUUCUGCAACUUGGGGCACGAAUGUUGGAUACUUUGGAAUACAUACAUGAAAAUGAGUAUGUCCAUGGGGACAUUAAAGCAGCAAAUCUUCUUCUGGGCUACAGCAAUCCUCAUGAGGUUUAUCUUGCAGAUUAUGGACUUUCCUACAGAUAUUGUCCCAAUGGGAACCACAAACAGUAUCAGGAAAAUCCUAGGAAGGGCCAUAAUGGGACAAUAGAGUUUACCAGCAUAGAUGCCCACAAGGGAGUAGCCCCAUCCAGACGAGGUGACCUUGAAAUCCUUGGCUACUGCAUGCUGCAGUGGUUGUGUGGGAAGCUGCCCUGGGAGCAGAACCUCAAGGACCCUGUAGCUGUCCAGACUGCGAAAACAAAACUUAUGGAUGAGCUCCCAGAUUCAGUGCUGAGGUGUGAUUCUCCUGGAAGCAGCUGCAGUGAAAUAGCCAAGUUUCUGGCCUCUGUUUCUGGCUUAGCUUAUGCUGAGAAGCCAAAGUAUCAAGUGCUGAAGAAAAUCCUGCUGGAUGGCCUGGAGUCAAGUGGGAUGCGCUACGACGGCCCUCUGGAAUUUUCCGCGGCAGCAGCGUGCACACGGAAUCACCGCACUGCUAAGGCAUCCAGAGUUUGCUCCCCAAAGCCUCCACCAAAACCAGCUCAGCAGAAGGGAAAAAAGCCGGAAGGUGAAGAACCUGCCUGUCACAGCAAAACAAGUGUGGGGCUGACAGGCACACAGCUCCUGGGAGAAGAAAAGCCAAAAACACAGAACAGGAGGCAUCCCCAGGGAGAGCUGCAGCAGGCUCCCCUGGCCAGGCCUUCCCCCAAACCAGUGCAGCAGAAGGAAGACACGGCGCACAAGGGCCACUCCAGCUGCCUGAGCAGGCCCCACACCCGAGGAACAUGCCGGCAGUUCCAGGUGGAAGAGAAGCUGCUCAGCUUUUACACUACACAGCAGAAGCCUGAGCACCCGAAAAAGGAAGACACUGCAAGAGAGCUGCCGCCAUUUGACCCCUACAGAAUACUCUCAGAAUCCCGAAAGAAACUCAAUCACCUUGUAGCUCCAGUUCCUGCAGCAGCAUCCCAGGCUGGUGCUGACACCACUCGUCCCUCUCUCUCUGUUGUGUUUAGGCUGGCAUUUGCUGAUGAAACCUACCCCUACACUGCAGCUGUUCUGGUGCUUCUGCUGCUCAUUGUUCUGUCCUUGUUUCUGCUUUGA